ACACACUGAAAUCCCAUCAGCACAGUGAAGCCGUUAGCAGGACGGACAUCAACAGAUUCAGUGGAUGUUUUCUUUACCUCUCUAUCGGAUGUUUUAGUGCGGCAACAUCAUGAGGGGGAGCGCAGAGGGAGUUUUCCUCUCUCCGCUGAGGGAGUGAGGAGAGAAGAAGAAAAGACAUAAGAGAAGAGAAGAGGAGAGAAACUUUCCUCUAAAGGAUCUUCUCGCUGAGACUAGACCAUGAGGCUGUGAAUCGUCCCUCUUACGGAGCUCUUCUUCCUCAUUAGCUGACCCCAUGUCUCCCAAAUGUGGACACCCCACUCGGAGGACCCCACUCUGGAUGCUGCUGUGCACGCUGCUCUGUGCUGUGGUGCUGGCAGGGGGCUCCACCCUGAGCCCAGAGGACUUACAGAGCACCACAACGCUGCCGGAGGACUGGACCGGGACCCCCAUCCAGCUGCAGCCAGACCUCCAGACUGAGAACCUGAUGAUCAACGAAGCGCAGACUGAAGCGCAGACUGAAGCGCAGACUGAAGCGCAGACUGAAGCACAGACUGAAGCGCAGACUGAAGCACAGACUGAAGCGCAGACUGAAGCGCAGACAGAAGCGCAGACUGAAGCGCAGACUGAAGCACAGACUGAAGCGCAGACAGAAGCGCACACUGAAGCGCAGACAGAAGCGCAGACAGAAGCGCAGACUGAAGCGCAGACUGAAGCGCAGACAGAAGCACAGACUGAAGCACAGACUGAAGCGCAGACAGAAGCGCACACUGAAGCUCAGACUGAAGCGCAGACAGAAGCACAGACUGAAGCACAGACAGAAGCACAGACUGAAGCACAGACUGAAGCGCAGACAGAAGCACAGACUGAAGCACAGACUGAAGCGCACACUGAAGCUCUGCAGACUCAGAGCAUCACCAGAAACUACACAGGUCUGUCCUGCAUCCCGAUCCUGCCUCCCCGUCGCGGCUCCUUCUACGUGGAGAACGGCACCGGCUCGUCCAUCGGCAGCGUGUUGGUCUUCUGGUGCAGGGAGGGGUACCAGCUGGUGGGCAGCGACAAAAUCUCCUGCUAUGUGAAGAACGGCAGGCCGCAGUGGAGCAACUACCUGCCUGUCUGUGAAGCGAUCCCCAGACCUGAGGACCGGGGUCUCAGAGUGGCUGUGUUGGCCUCAGUGGUGAGCGGCGUCGUCAUCCUCGCCAUGUCUCUGUCCUUCCUCAUCUGCUGCCUUCAAGAGCGAUCCGGUCGGGACCGAGCCAAGAAGGAGGGACGGAGCAGGCGCAGGGAGACGCGCCCCAGCCGGCGCAGCCAGUGUUGGCUGGAGAGAGAAGAGGGAGAGUGGGAAGCUUUCCCUCCUCCCAAGAUCUUCCACCUCUCCCAGAGGAUGAAUCCCCGCCUGGCUCCUGACGGCCCCCUCUAUCUGACUGGAAGUCUGGGUGGAUAUGAGAACAGGGGGUACCAGAGGAGUCAGGAGAGUUUGCUGAAGGCGUCUCUUCCCGGACUCUACCGCUCCGAGUCUCAGCUCUACCCCCAUGUCGUCCUGCAGAGAGUCCCGACUCCCACAGCACCCUCCGCCCCGCUCUACCUCCACCACCCGUCCUCCAUCCCCCACGUGCAGCCACACCUCAUGGCGCAGUGCCCUAUCCCAACCUACCCGCCCCACCCCAACCCGACACCCAUCUAUCCCAACCCCAACCCGACACCACAGCGGCCAUGGCAGUAGCUCCUGGGGAAGAGGCUGAAGGGACACAUGGAGACUUCCUACUCCUCCUAGUUUUCUCCCACAGAAAGGAUGCAAUGUUCCCAGAGAGACAUAAAGAACAUGUGUAGAGCUGCAGUACCCUCUUUUACUGCAUGCUGCUUCUCCUGCAUUACGGACUAAACAGGAACUGAACACUACAUUUGUCUCUUUAAUUCUUACUGCUGCUGCAAUCUCUGCAAGAGGAGUUAUGUAGAGAAACUCCAAGAGAAAUUACAAGAAAGUUCCAAGUAGCCGGUCAACAAGGGAACACAGGAAGUUGGACUUGACUAAUUCUGGAAGGACUAUGGCCGCCUCUGUUUAGGUAGCGCAAAUCUUUCAGCAGUAUUAAUUUGUUACUAUAAAAGGAUCCCUAUCAGCCUUACUGAGGUCCACAAAUAUAAUCUAGACAUGUAAAUACAGUCUAUAUGUUUGCUUUAAGAAUUAACAUGAAUUUCUGAAAUCGGACUUGUGAGGUAACAAAAGAUUUGGGGUCACUUUACAGAUCUUAUUAAUAAGUAGGGAGACCAGGGACAGUUGCAACACUUUUUGGGUUUUUCCCCAAUAAGUAAAAAACCAUUUACAAUAGGAUAGCCAUUUUGCUAUAUUAUACAUUAUCACUAUGUCAGCUACUGAAACAAUGUAUUUAAGAUGUUUUUAUGAAGUAAGUACAGGUUGGAAAAUGUAUAUAUAUUUUUUUAACUCAACUGUCCUUGUGUACAGGGACAGUUGUAACACAUGCCAGGCACGGUUGUAACAUGUUAAUAACGGUUACCUUUUUCACACUACAUGACAACAAAUAGGGAAAGCUGUCAAAUUCUAAGGCAACAAGAUUUGAAUGGGGUUUCACACAUCCUCCAUCAAACAAUGAACAGGAUAACAGAUAACACACACAGCAGCAUCCUCUGUGAAGGAUUACACUGUUCUCUGAGAGGUGCUUCUACCUUAAUGAUGUAGACCUACCUCCUUUGAGCUGACCAUAAUAUAAAUCAGCUGCCUCCAUCAGGUAGUCUCUCAAAAGCAUCUCCUGCUCUGUUGAGAACACCUUCUUUGGUGUCUAGUAGCCUACUCUUGGGGGUGUUUGUGAUCCCUGACUCUCCAACCUCAGCCUCUUUGUAUGGAACCGGUACAGGGUGACAUGGCAUAUAUCCAGGGACUUUGCCACUUCCCUGAAUGAUUUGCCCUUCUCAACUUCAUUUGAGGCCCUCUGCAGCAGAGCAAGUGGCACUCCCCUGUCUGUCUUCCUCUUUCUGACAUACUGUAAACACACACACACACACACACACACACACACUUAAGGCCUAAUGUACAUAUGUUAUUCUGUUUAUUUUUACAGGCACAAUGCACACCAACCAACAAUACAACUGUAUGCUUGAAUGAACAAUUGAUCAUUCAAGCAAAUGAGCCAUCAUAGUAAAUGUGCCAUGUUACAACCGUCCCAGGACCACCAGUCUUGCUUCCACCUGUGAACCUGCCUGAUUGCUAGCUUGACCCAUAUUUAGCUAGUUAUAUUUGUAGCUUACAAAACAGUGAUUCUAAUAAUACUAGUUUGGAUUCCUUGACAUUUGAACUCAAGACAGUAUCCAAAAAAUACAUCAUAUAAUUUGAGUUAAUAUUUUACCUCAAACACACUUUUGCUGAUGUCUUACGCGAGAAAUUCAAACAUGGCUCCUUUUUUUUCUCAGCGAUCUUACCAUCUAACUGCGCAUGUGCAGAGUGAGUUUCAUCACUCUAGCUUGUUUGUGAUUGGAGAUAUUGAAGGUGUUACAACUGUCCCUGGUCUCCCUGCUGAUACUUUCCCACACUGCGUGGAGAAAACAGAUUGGCGGGAUUUAAAUGUUGUUGCUGCAGACUCUGAAUGCAAGUGUGUGCUAAUAAUACAGGGAUCGUUUUAAAGGUCACCUAUUAUGCAAAAUCCAAAUGUUCAUAUCUUUUAUACAUAAAUAUAUGUCCCCUCUGUGUUAAGAGAUUCGGAACGUUUCAGGAAAAAUCUUCCCUCUUUUUCUCCUGAUCCAUUUCUAUAAAAACCUGGCUGAAAAUGAGCUGAUCAGAUUUGGGUUGUCCAACCCUUAGCCAAUAACAAAACAAGGUAACACCCGUCCACCUUAUCACCUGAAUCUCCUCCUAGAGCACCAUUGUGAUUUUUUUUUAACCAAUCAUCUUGCAGAGGGGCGUGGCCAGCAGCAGCUCAUUUGCAUUUAAAGCUACAGAAACAGAAUCUGCACUUUUGAAACAGGGCUGAAACCGAGGGGUUUAUGGGAUGCUACAAUGAUCCGUUUGGUAUUUCGAGCCACAUCACAGACGUAGUGUAUACAUCUGAGACCUAUAAUAUAUUGUUGAAAAAGAGUAUAAUCGGGGACCUUUACAUGUAUCCUUUUGUUCUCACCAGAAUUGUGAACUAAAUGUUAAACAUGUUUGUACUGCCACAAUUUAUUCUGUCCCAACUAUCUAUGGCAAAAGUUUGAUUUAUGUUUGGCAAUUGACUGGUACUGUGUUCAGUAUUUUGAAGAAUAAUUACAACUAAUUAACACAACAUUCUUAGUUUAAAGGCUGGCUUGAAAAGGAAAACAUUUUAAACAUCUUGUGUGAUGUAACGAGGGUUCUCUGUAAGGAGGUCCGACCCAGAAAUGCAUUGAUGUUUGAGCAGCGAGAUAAGAAACGAGUGUGGACCUAUGUACUCUGAUACACUUGAAUUCUUUUCAAAUGUCAGCUGUAGUUGUGACCAUUUACAUUGAUCUGAUAUUCCCUUGCUCUACUGCAUCUACAUUCAUAAACUGUGUCCAGGCUCAUUCCAGCUGCAGGCACACCAACAAACUGCACUUUACACUUUUUGACGGGGGGGAUUAAACGGCCUUUCAUAAAUAAUUGACUGUUAACUAUUUGUUGUAUUAUAAUAAGACUGCCAUGCAAGCUGAAUAAAGAGACUUUGGUUUAGUGGAACAGUU